UCAUGACAUCAAUCAUUUGCUAUUUCCGGAUUCAGUCUUAAAAUAUUUUAAUUAGAAGGCGUUGUCUUAUUACGUCAUUGAUAAUAAUCUAUUUUUAGAUUUCAAAAUGGCGAAGAAAGGCGGGGCUUGUUCGAAUGGAAUUAGAAUUCCAUAUACUCCAAUAGCUGUAGAUUAUUUCCACCGUCCCUCUCUUCCAGCUAGGACUCUUUUCUUUUUAACUCAUUCUCAUGCAGAUCAUUUAUAUGGAUUAGACAGCUCAUUUGAUCAAACUAUAUAUUGCACGUCACUAACAAAGCAACUAGUACUCCUACACAUAUCAAUAGAUCCAGACCUCUUGGUCGAGCUUGAGUUUGAUGAGCCCAGGCAGUUACAGGUUGAUUGUCCUGGUAAUGUUUUCAUCAGCGUAACAACUAUUGAUUCUUGUCAUUGUCCUGGUUCUGCCAUGUUCUUGUUUGAAGGAUACUUUGGUACAAUACUACAUACUGGGGACUUUAGGCUGAGUCCUAAAUUGCUGGCUCAUCCAUUGCUCAAAAACCUUGAACCAGAUGUACUCUAUCUUGACAACACCUACAAUGACCCAAUCUUUGAUUUCCCAGAAAGAUCAGUCACUUGUGAUAAAGUGGUUAAACUUGUCAAAGAUAAUCCACACCUAAGAACCUUCAUUGCAUUCAAUAAACUUGGAAAGGAAGACCUGCUAGUUAAUAUUGUGAGAAGUACAGAUUACGCUAUUGGUGUUAGUUCAGAGCAGUAUAAAAAGAUGGAGAUCUUAGGAUUACAUCAUGUCUGCUCACUUGAUUCUGAUCAGUGCCAAGUCAUUGUGGUACCUUUUUAUGCUGUCACCGAAGCAAAUGUCAAUCGUUGGAUAAAUGAGUGUCCCACGCAAGUCAUUAUUCCUACUAGUCGGUUUGAAGGCUCAGAGCAUCCCCUUAAGGCUUACCCUUGUGUUCAUAUUGUACAAUACUCGGAUCAUUGCUCCUACAAGGAGUUGUACCAGUUUGUAGAACUGGUUAAACCUGUUAGCAUUCAUCCUGUUGUCCAACGAGAUAAGGUCUCCAAUAUGAGCUGUUUUGAGCAUUUACGGAGUUCAAGGAAAAUUACUGCAUAUGAGAUACCAAAAGGCAUCAAAAGUCUUUUAUAUUCUCGGACUGACGGUAUAUUUAGACACUCUCCUUCAAAUUCAGGCAGCAAGCCAUCAUCAAGGAAAUCACUCAAACCGCCGAAAGGUGUCCGUUACUUAUCUCCUAAGAAACCAGAAGUCACUAUCAUAUCAGACACCACCAAACCUCGUGACCACCUCUUCCCACACCACCCAACCACACCUGUAGCAAUAAACACGGCCAGUGUACCUCUAACAACCAACACUGUACCUCUAACAAUCAACACCGUCGACGCUACUCAAACUUUAAGUCCUGCAGGGCUUCCCGUGAGAGACUCUUGCACCUGUUCAGAGCCCUUUCCCAAGCGAAUUAAAACCACUUUAUCGCCUAUCAACGCGGCCACAAGUACAGAUGUUAUUGAUAAUGCGAGUCAUUUCAUUGAGGAAGAAAAGGCAAGUGAUAUUGAACAUGCAGCUCCUAAACAAGGAGAGGGCAACACUGCUAAACUACCAUUGCUUAAUUCUCAUUCGUUUGAUACUACAGAUGGAUUGUUGUCAUGGAUCAAAAUGGUUGGAGAGCAAAUGUAUUAUGAUCAACAACUCUACUCUAUAGACAAUCCUGACUGUACAUGAUGUAAUGUACUAAGCAGCAAUACUUGCAUGUGCUGGCUGAAUGUACCAUUUUAGUCAAAACUUUUUAAAAUGAAAUUACACAAAAAUGAAAAAA